UCUGGGCGCGGUGCCUGUGCCCUGCUCAGUGCAGCUCAGGUUCCCUCCCCAGCCGCCGCGCUCGCAGCUCCUGCUGCCGCUGCCCGGCUCCUCCACGCCAGCCCAGCUCCUCGGGGGAAGGACCCAGCCAGCCGGAGCCGCCACAGCACAAGUACUCUUGCUGGAGUGUCUAAGGGAUGUGAAGUUAGCUUCCAAGAUGACUCUUUUAACAGGAGAAAAUUCUGAUUAUGACUAUAGCGCCCUGAGCUGUGCUUCAGAUACCUCCUUCAACCACACGUUCUUUCCAGAAACAGAAACCCUCAAGGGAGUCUUUUACCAAAGAGCCAAGCUAAUUCACCCUGAAGAGGAUCUCUUUAAAAGCAUUCACCCUGAGGACCGGAAGCAUCAUAUCAUCAUAAAUGUAGGGGGCAUUAAAUACUUGCUGCCCUGGACCACACUUGAUGAGUUUCCCCUGACGCGCUUGGGCCAAUUGAAAUUUUGUAAUAAUUUUGAUGACAUUCUAAACAUUUGCGAUGAUUAUGAUGUGACAUGCAAUGAAUUCUUUUUCGACCGUAACCCAGGGGCAUUUAGGACAAUUCUGACAUUUUUGCGGGUUGGGAAGCUUCGGCUCAUGCGAGAGAUGUGUGCUCUUUCUUUCCAAGAGGAGCUGCUCUACUGGGGCAUUGAGGAGGACAGUCUGGAAUGGUGCUGCAAGAGGAGGUAUCUGCAAAAAAUGGAGGAGUUUACAGAAAUGAACGAAAGGGAGGACGAUGACCUCAUAGAGAAUGAAAACCCAGGUGAAACAGUGGAGGAGACAAGAGCCAGCAUGUGCAUGAAAAAGUUACGAGACAUGGUGGAGAGGCCUCAGUCUGGGCUUCCUGGGAAAGUAUUUGCAUGUCUGUCUGUAUUGUUUGUGACCAUUACUGCAGUGAACCUAUCCAUCAGCACCAUGCCCGACUUAAGAGAGGAGGAGGAGAGAGGUGAAUGCUCCCAGAUGUGCUACAAUAUUUUCAUUGUGGAGUCUGUCUGUGUGGCAUGGUUUUCCUUGGAAUUCCUGCUGAGAUUCAUUCAGGCAAAGAACAAAUUUGUAUUUCUGAGGAGACCAUUAACCCUGAUUGACAUUAUUGCUAUUCUGCCCUAUUAUAUCACUUUACUAGUAGAUACCACUUCGGUGGGCUUUAAAAAGCCAACCUCUGGCAACAUCUAUCUGGACAAAGUAGGUCUGGUGCUCCGCAUACUCCGUGCCUUGAGGAUUCUAUAUGUCAUGCGGCUGGCCAGGCACUCCCUCGGCCUGCAGACUUUAGGACUCACCGCUCGCAGGUGUACCCGGGAGUUUGGACUCUUGCUGCUUUUCCUCUGCGUGGCCAUUGCGCUUUUUGCGCCACUCUUGUAUGUCAUUGAGAAUGAGAUGGCGGACUCACAGGAGUUUACCAGCAUCCCUGCAUGCUACUGGUGGGCAGUAAUCACCAUGACAACAGUAGGCUAUGGCGACAUGGUUCCCAGAAGCAUUCCAGGCCAGGUGGUGGCUUUAAGCAGCAUUCUGAGUGGCAUUCUCCUCAUGGCAUUUCCAGUCACCUCCAUCUUCCACACGUUUUCACGCUCCUACAUUGAGCUGAAGCAAGAGCAGGAAAGAAUCAUGUUCAGGAAAGCACAAUUCUUAUUAAAAACUAAGUCUCAGCUAAGUAAUGCAUCACAAAGGAGUGACAUUUUAUUUCCCAGUAUCUCUUCUGAGACUAGGGAAAAUGACUGAAAUUUAAGUUGCCGUAACUGUCUGAUAUUGGGCAAGUUAUGCAGUCAGAUAUCCCAUCUUACCAUUUGCGUUGGAAGCAUUUAAAGAAAUCUUUAUACAAAUAGCAAGAAGGGGAUUUUAGCCAUCAGGCUGAUAUGGUUUUAAAAGCCUAUGCCACUGAUGUAAAAAGGAAAUAAUAAAUUGAAGGCUUUUUUUUUCUUUUCAACAAAAUGAACAGUUAAGACAGUUUUUCUCCAUGAGAUCAUGCAGUGGGAUAUUAGGAAUUUGAGUUCUCUGACUGAAAUGAGAACAGUGUAAAAUUACAUACUUGACACAAACUGUGUGUGAUGUACCAUUUUCCAACCAAGACAUUAUGUAGGUAUUAAUUUUGAUCAUUAAAUAAGUUCUUUAUUUUCUUCAUGUAUAUACAUAAUAUAAAGACAACAAGCUCAAGUCUAAAUUCAUCCCUGGUGUACCUCCAUUGACUGUAGUAGAAUUAACCAAAUAUUUAAAUUACCCAUUGUGCCCUUAGAGAGGAUUAAACAAGGUAUGUGUCAUUUAGGGCAGGCAGAUGUAAUAUUUUCCUUGUGAGCCUUUCCUGAAAAUAACAAUAACAGUGAAGAGGAGCUAUUGGUUUCUGGGUGCUCUGGGACAGCCAUAUGCUGAAGAUGUAAAUACUUAUAGCUCAGCAGCCUCUAAACUUAUAUGGGCUUAUACUGUAGCUCUGAUAGAGUUCAACAAAAUAUCCCAGUGAUGGGUAAGAGGGUCUUGAGUUUUAUGACAUCCAGUACAGAUGACAAAGAGCUAUCUAGCUGCAAAUUAAACUGAAUGUGCAUGAUAACAUCAUAGUAAUGAUGUCUGUUUCAAUGUUAUCCCUUUACACCCAACAGAAAACAGAAAUUAAAAAGACUCUGUUUCUAGAUGAAGCUACAGCAUUACUAAUCAGGUUGAUGCUAGUGCUGUGCACUGGCUGUAUGGCACCUGGCUUCUUUUUAAAAAAAAAAAAAGAGUAUUACAACAAGUUGCCAGUGAUAUAAAAAGGAAAUAAUAUCAGUCGAGUCAUGGGAGACUAAGUCAGUCUCCCAUGACCCAAGACUGUAAGGUAUAAAGCUUUCAGCUAAUUAGCUCUUCCUUCACGGAUACAGCAGGCAUCAUAGCAUUGAAAAAAAUUAUCUUGGGAAACUUAAAGGCAACUAAAGAAGUGCAAUCCUGCAUCUUUUACUUUACUAGUCCCUAAACAAGUUGUUCUCUUUAAGUCAAUGAGACCAGGUGGGUAAGUAAGGCUUUCAGGAUUGGGUGCUGAUCUGGCUCCCCCAGAAGUCAAUGACAAACCUCCCAUUCAUUUCAAUCAGAGCAGGAUUGGGCUACAUGACAACUCAAGAGACAAAGUCUAAAACUUUAACAAAGAAAUCAAAUUGGUUGAUAUGUCUCUUUGUGAUAGUGUAUUGUGUUGAAAAUCUUAACUUUAGGUGAAGUUUCCCAGUUUAAAAGAACAAUGUGACUUUCCUGUUCAUUAACUAUAAAUCCCAGUAUUUGGUCUUGCCAUGAGUGCAAGGGACUGGACUCGAUGACCUCUCGAGGUCCCUUCCAGUCCUAGAAUCUAUGAAUCUAUGAAAACUAUCAUGAGCCAAGAAAUGUGAAAGUUCCCAGCAUAUCUGCCAUCUCUCCUUAAACCUGUUUUUCAGAAUCCCUGUUCUGGUCUCUGAUCUCUCUUGAACAGGGACUUUCAGUCAUGCUAAACUAUAUGAUGGUUUUGUGAUUUAUAUCAAAGAGGUUGGGGAUGAAAUGCAAAACUCAUCUUCACUUGAAUUUGUGUCUGUGAAAGGUGAAACCUAGUGUGUCAACCUACACUGAAUGGCUAAGUCUCCAUGUUACAGUGACCUGGUUUAAGUUAUAAAUAAUAAAAUAAUGUUAGCUAUAUACAAUUAUUAUAAUAGACAUUUUAUGUUUUCCUACUAAGAAAUAAUAGUUCAAACCUCCUUAGCACCUUUUAACCAGAGUUCUUAGAGCACUUUACAAACACUAAUGAAUGAAGCCUCACAAAAUUGCUGUGAUAUAGGUAAAUAUUCCCAUGAAACUGAGACAUGAUGAGUCAAAUGAAUAGCCCAAGGUCACAGUAAUUGUGUGACACAGAAGUGGGUUGUAUUCCUAGCUGAACCCCAUUCUUGUGUUUUAAUUAGAGUUGAAAAAAACAGGGACUAUUUUUUCAUGAAAAACUAAUCCCUUUUCCAUCAAAAAUAUUCUAAAUUCCAAAUGUUUUGACCAGCUGUAACUUUAACCACAACACAAGAAUGCCACAUCUUCAUUCCUUUGUAUUAGAAUCCAUUAUAAAAGGAUUUGGUAAUGGGACUAUUUGAAAGAGUAGCAUUACUUGUAUGUGUUUGCAGGACUGGGCCCUAAAGGAGAAGCUGUAUGUCAAAAUAAACAUAAAUCAAGAGAUUAUGGGCCACAUCCUCAGCUCAGCAAUAUGCUAUGCCAUUUUACACCAUCUGAAGAUUUGGCCUAAUGUAAUCAAUUUAUGUUUAAAUCAGCAUUAAGUAAGUGUAUUUCAGAUAUUGUUUUUUCUGUUGCAAAAUUAUGGCCAAAUCCUGAAGUCAUGCCUUGAGUCAAAUCCUUAAGGAUACUAAGCACCAAGCCGGCCAGGGGAUUUGUCUGAGUCAGAAACAAGUAAGGAUUUCGGGAUGUAGCCCAUUGUAAUUUUGCACUUGGCAACAAAUAACUUGUAAGAGUAUCAACAUGUUGUACUAUGAAUCAUUGUAACAAAUUGCUUGUGUUUUGCAGCACAGUGAUACAUGCUGUAGUUCUUAUGCUAAAUUAAUACAGCUAUAUGUCUUUGGAAUACAACAUUAGCAUUAAACCCACAUGCUGAGUUCCAGUUUCUACUGUGAAGGCUGAAGAUUUUAAAUGAUUAUAAAUCUUUAUGGUAUAUUAUCUCAAUUUUUAGACAAAUUUAUUAAAUUGUAGAUUGAUUCAAGAGCUGACUCUGAAAUGUUUCUAACCACACAGCUGACAGCUACUGAUAUCUUUCCUUUCUUGCUUUUUAACAGCAUGUGAAGUUAACAAAAAGUUCCUAUAAAAACACUGUGCUUUCAUGAAGUACAUAGGAAUUGUUUAAAUUGCCUCUGAUAAAAAGUGGUACUUGUCAAAUAUCCUACUAGAGAUGGAUUUGCUUUGCUAUUUAUAUUAUCCUGUAUAUACAGCAAUAGUAUGUACAGUUUCAAACUGAACAGUAGUACUAUAUUAAUUUUGAUUAAUAAAGAGUUGGGCUUUCUUUAUAUUUUCAUG